CACGGUGAGAGACACUGCAGGUGCUACUGCUGCUGCUGUGCUCUGCUGGAUACUGAGCAUGUACUGCACUGUGUUACCCGUUGUGUCUCAGUAGCGUGUAUAACCAAUGCAUCUAUUGUCACAGUCAUUUUUCCACACAUCCUGUAUGUCUGUGUGUGUGUGUUCAGACUCUCAUAUUAUAUGAUAAGCUUUUCUAACUUUAUAUAAUGAGCAAUAAGAAUGUGAUGACUGUAUGAUUAAGGAAGCAGUGAGGGGACUCCCUCCUACUUCUGCUUUUCACUCCACAAAAUCAUCCCAAGGAAUGUACAAAGCAAUAAGUCAGCUUGCUUCAGUGAACUUUUAUAUGUUCUCUGGUGUAAAAGGACUGUAUAUUAAUCUGUAAACUGCUUAAUCAUGAUGAUGCAGGUGAUGUUAACAAUGGAGCGAUUGAUUGCGAUUAUUCUGGUGAUAAUACCAGGUCUCCUGAGUGGAGACUGGAAGGUGACCUACGAAGAUCAUUGUGCUUUGAAUGGGACAUCAGUAGUUAUUAAGUGCGAGUAUGACUAUCCUUGGGCUAAUAUUGUUACUUCAUACAGCUGGUCUAAAUCCGUGUAUGUAGCUGGAGAGUGGAAGAAGUUUCCCCUUUCACAACUCGCUUCACCUCCAGGACACUUUAGAUAUGUGGGCGACUCCUGGGCUGACUGUAGUCUGAAGGUCAAUGAUGUUCAACACACCGAUGAAGGAGAAUACUUUUUCAGUUUUGUGACAACACUCAACAGAUGGAAAAGUGAAACACCCGCUCGUUUGUCCGUGAGAGAGUUGACCUCUGUUGUGCAGCCGAGCACUGUGACAGAGGGAGACGUUGUCAACCUGACUUGUGUGUCAAGUUGCCAUACACCUAUAAACAUUGUCUGGUUCAGAGAUGGAAAACGCGUACCAAAUCCAGUCUUCCAGGCCGAGAGAGAGGAUGCUGGGAGGUACUACUGUGCCGUCCUGGGACAAGAGAUGAGCAGAUCUGCCUCGGCGGCUCUGAAUGUUCAAUAUGCUCCCAGUAAAGUCGCGUUGUCAAUGAGUCCAUCAGCUGUCAAAGGAAGUUUGGUGACUCUCACCUGCAGCAGUGAUGCCAACCCACCUGUGACACAGAGUGGAUACAGCCUGUAUAAAGACGGACACUUUAUCAGUUCAGGACAGAAUCACACCAUCUCUGACCUCCAGCCCAGCCACAGUGGACUGUACUACUGUCAGGCCUGGAAUAAUAUCAGCCGGGGGGGCAUCGACCUGAUUAACUCUACUGAGGUUCACCUUGAAGUCCAGUACCGUCCAGAAAACAUUUCUAUUUCAAUGGACCCGCCACAUGUUGUUGAGGGCAGCAGUGUGAAUCUGACCUGCAGCAGUGCUGCUAACCCCCCAGCAGACAACUACACCUGGUACAGGAGUACUGGUUCUAGUUUCAGCUCUCUGCUCCAGGUGGGAUCAGGACAGGUGCUGUCUCUCCCCUCUGUGGAGGCGUCCAACACUGGACUCUACCUCUGCCAGGCCAGGAACCAACUGGGAGAAAACAACUCAACCGAGGUGAUGCUUGCCAUGAUGGAAAAGGACCAGGGUUGCCAGUCCCGACAAAUCUUAGCUGGAAUAGUAGUCUCUGUUUUUGUGACACUUGUGUUAGCUCUUCUCUUGUUCUGGCUAAAACAGAGGAACCGGGCAAAGGAAAAAGCCCCAACAUUGUAUGAAGAUGAGGUUACCUACUCAACAGUGACCAUUAAACCCAGAAACCUCAGUCCACCACAUCACAUAGACAACUCCUGGUCCAAAGAUGGACAGAAUGACGACUCUGUGAUAUACGCUUCGCUGGCUAAAACCAGCUGAGUUUAACUGAAACCUUUGACUCCUUUGAG